AUGUACAAGGUAUUGGAGCGCAUUAUCCUGGACCAACUCAUUAAGCAUCGCGAAGAAACAACGCGCGACGAGCAAGCUGGCUUUCGUCCUGGCCGAUCUACGAUUAACCAGCCGCGUUCGACUCUCUUCACCGAGGCCGUCUUCUCAACGCGCUCCGCACCGGUGAAGUACCAGGAAACCGGAUGUACAACACCGUUUGAAGUGGUAACUGGAGUAAGACAAGGGGCAGUGGAGGGACCUUUCCUGUUCAAUUUCGCAGUCGACGACAUUAUGCGAAGAACAGUCGACCAGUGUCCUGCCGACAUUGUCUUAGCACCAUCAUGGUGCCCUUUGACUGACCUCGAGUAUGCCGACGAUGUUGUUAUAUUCGCAGAAAGCAGUACGAAACUUCAACAUGUUGUCAACCUUGUAUCGAAGCUGGCUGCAGCCCAGGCUCUGAUAAAUGCAAGCAGAUGUGAAUCUCUUCGAGACCUCGAACGGGAAUCAGGGUGGACGGACAACCGAUAG